GCGGAGCCGUCUCCAUGGCAACUCACGCGCCGCCCAGGCAGCUGGGCCCGGCGGGAAGCGCGGGUGCUAAGGCGCUGGCUUCAGGCGGGGCUGCGAGCACCGAGGGGCCCGAGCGGCCCGGGCCGCUGCAGGACGAGACCCUGGGCGUGGCGUCCGUGCCCUCGCAGUGGAGGGGCGUCCAGGGCAUCCGCGGGGAGACGAAAAGUUGCCAGACGGCCAGCAUUGCCACCGCUGAAGCGUCUGCCCAGACCAGGAAGCAUGCAGAUGCUGAGGUGCAGACCGAGGUCCCUGAGCCGGUCAGCCUGCCGUCGGUGCCCCGGUAUGACGGCCCUCGGCUUGCAGCCUUUCUCCGGAGAGUGGAGGCCAUGGUUACCCGAGAGCUGAACAAAAAUUGGCAGAGCCACGCGUUUGACGGCUUCGAGGUGAACUGGGCCGAGCAACAGCAGACGGUGACCUGCCUGCACACCCUGGGCUACCCCCCAGCCCAGGGACAGGGUCUGCAUGUGACUGGGGUCUCCUGGAACACCACUGGCUCUGUGGUGGCCUGUGCCUAUGGCCGGCUGGACGAUGGGGACUGGAGCACGCUCAAGUCCUUCGUGUGCACCUGGAAUCUGGACCGGCGAGGCCUGAACCCCCAGCGGCCAUCGGCGGUGGUGGAGGUGCCCAGUGCCGUCAUGUGCCUGGCCUUCCACCCCACACAGCCGUCCCACAUUGCAGGCGGGCUGUACAGUGGUGAGGUGCUGGUGUGGGAUGUGAGCCGCCCCGAGGACCCACUGCUCUGGCGCACGGGCCUGACGGAUGACACGCACACGGACCCCGUGUACCAGGUGGGGCAGGCGUCCUUUCUCAGCGUGGCCCCGCGCCCUCCUGUCCAGGUGGUUUGGCUCCCGGAGCCCCGGCACAGCCACCGCUUCCAGGUGCUGAGCGUGGCCGCUGACGGGAAGGUGCUGCUCUGGCAGGGAGUGGGGGCCGGCCGGCUGCAGCUCAGUGCAGGCUUUGCCCUGGCCGUGCAGCAGCUCCCCCGGAACACCAAACUGAAGAAGCCUCCCCGGGGAGAGACCGAGGUGGGUGCCACGGCGGUGGCUUUCUCCAGCUUUGACCCCAGCCUUUUCGUUCUGGGCACGGAGGGCGGCUUCCCACUCAAGUGCUCCCUGGCAGCGGAGGAGGCUGCCCUCACGCGGAUGCCCAGCUCUGUGCCCCUGCGGGCCCCAGCACAGUUCACCUUCUCUCCCCACGGCGGCCCGGUCUACUCUGUGAGCUGCUCCCCCUUCCACAGGAAUCUCUUCCUGAGCGCAGGGACCGACGGCCACGUGCACCUGUACUCCAUGCUGCAGGCCCAGCCCCUGACCUCCCUGCAGCUGUCCCACAAGUACCUGUUUGCUGUGCGGUGGUCCCCAGUGCGCCCCCUGGUGUUUGCAGCUGCUUCUGGGGAAGGUGAUGUGCAGCUGUUUGAUCUCCAGAAAAGCUCCCAGAAACCCACAGUUUCAAUCAAGCAAACCCAGGAUGAAAGCCCUGUCUACUGUCUUGAAUUCAAUCACCAGCAGACUCAGCUCCUGGCUGCUGGCGAUGCCAAGGGCACAGUAAAGGUGUGGCAGCUGAGCAGUGAGUUCUCGGAACAAGGACCCCGGGAAACAGAGGACUUGGACCAGCUGGCAGCGGAGGUGGCCACCUGAGGAGGGGGAGUCCCGAGUAGAGGCAGGUUGGGGGAGGCUACACCUGUGCUGUGUACAUCUGUGUACAUCUGUGAUGGAAGCUGAAUGAAGACAAGCUUU